AAGGAUUACUCUUGUCUUGUUAACGUUCUCACCAUUUGCACACAUAUUUAAUACAGAAUCACACAUUGUAUUAAUUAACAGUAAUGUAAACAACUGUGCACACGCGGCGAAGUUGGUCCAGGAUAUCUACCAAAGAACAACCAUACAGUGAUACAUAGUAUCUCGCUGCAUCGUCAUCGUCAGUCUCACUUUUCGCGGCAACGAGGCAGGCCGUCGCGCCGCUCACUUCGCAUCUAUAGUUGAGACAAAAAAACAAUAUUGCUACAAGGAAAAAUACCCGCAUAAAGUGAACGGUCAUUAGUGCUAUGUGCUAAACACGUUUUGUGGUUACUGGAUCGCUUAUCAAAACAAGUAUGACUGGAUCUUAAGUCGUAUUGAUUGGAAAAGCAACUUUGCUUGUUGACUGUGCACCGUGAUGCUUUGGGUGCUUGGGUUAGUGGGGUUCGUUGUAAAUGUUGGAGCUGCAAGCAUCAGCUCCUUCGAAGGUGCCGAAUGCCGUCCCUUCACUAAGUGUAAUAAGACUGGACAUGGACGCGAAGAUAUCACAUAUACAGUUAACGGUCAUGCAGUAAUCUUAGAUUUCCUCGAUGGACAUCAUUUUAGACUGAGAUGUGACAGCAACCGUGAUGGAGCUUUGCUGUUAUCGGAUGACUCCGAAUUGCCGUCUAUGACACGGCCUGUGACCGUGAAAGAAGCAGUAUUCAAUCAGUGUGUGAUUCCGCGUAGCACGUUUUACGAUGCAUUGAAGGCGUUUAAUGUCACAGUGACUAAGUCGCUUUUUUUAAAACUGCCCGCAGAACCUAGAUUGGAAAUCCGUCACUUGAAAGGUUUGCAAAUAACCAACCUUGAGAUUACUGCACUCGAUUCGACGAAUCCGCCGCGGCCAUCGUUUGACUUCCUAGAUGAGGUAUCUGGAUUGCGGACGUUGAAGCUUACCGACGUGGUUCUGGAACCAAAAAUACUGACCCGAUUACCAAUAUCACUUCAGAUCCUAAAUAUUGUGAAUGCGAGGCUUCCCGCCGCUGAGCACGUAUUACGCAUCAACAACAACAGUGCACCGGGUUGGAUUGAACGACUGCUUUCGCUACGUACUUUAUACCUAGCAGAAUCAUCGGCAAGCUUAGCAGUGUCUCCGGAAGCGACACUCACUCCACCACAACUGGCCUCACUGAAAAAUCUGACAAAUGUAGUUCUAAGCAACGUGCCGCUGGAUACGAGGCUUGAAAGUGGACUGAGCAGUUGGCUUAAAGGUUCUACUCUUAAAGAACUGAGAUUACAAUCAUGCAAGUUAACAGAACUGCCAAGCUCAAUGUUUGAUGGCGCAAAUAUAACAAAAGUUAUCCUCACCUACAAUAACCUCACGUCUUUGCCAAAUGGCGUGUUCUUUCCGCUGCAGUGGCUACGGGAGCUGGAUUUAUCAAAUAACAGACUGAACGGAGCGAAUCUUGCGCAGUCUGUGGCACCACUGAUACGGCUUCAGACGCUGAUGGCCAACAACAACCCCCUGGGCUCGCUGUGUGGCGAGGCUCGUAAUACUUUUAUAAGGCUAUAUGCUAACUUGCCGCAGUCCCUGCGUCAUCUGGAACUUAGAAAAACAGGCGCAACUCGCAUCUGCUAUGACUGGACCUACAACAGCGAACUUAUGCAUAUAGAUCUCAGUUAUAACGAAAUCGGUGAUUUGACGUUCGAUGAACUAGAAAUGAAGAGAAACUUGCACAAAACCGCUGGUGAGCCGGUCUGGCUUAACCUGAGCAACAACUCGCUGCGUGUUAUCGAAGUGUUACCCAGCGACGUCCAGCAAUGCACUGAAGACGCGUCUUCAACACCUGGAGAUACAGAUGUUCUUGUGCGAGUAAAAGUGCAGCUAAAGCUGAACGCGCUGACCUGCGACUGCGGUGCGUACUGGCUGCGUGAAGCACUGCAAGUGUGCUCGAUGUUGGAGCUGGAGGAGGAUGUCCCGUGUGACUCAGUCCCCGUGCCAGUUCGCGACACGCUACUCGCUCACGGACCUGAUGAUAUACUCUGCCCGUAUGACGGGUUCUGUUUACCAGAGUGUUCAUGUGACAAACGCCCCCGCGACAAUGCAACUGUAGUCCACUGCGCUGGUGCAUUGCCGCAAACACCUCUCUGGCCACCGGCUGCACGGGAGUACCCGAUUGCGCUUCACGUGGCACCGGGACGUUGCACGCCGUACCUCGCCUCGAACUUGUUGAGCUGCAUGCACCCAACAACAACAUCACUGACAUUGAUGGAGCGGACAUCUCUGAUACACUGCGGGUGUUAGAUGUGCGUAACAACAGUAUUGCACACGUUACCUUGGCAGCGGCUAAAUUGCUUGGUAGCGAACAAGCUACAGGGAAGAACCGAACUGUGUUGCUUGCCGGCAAUCGGUUAGCCUGCAGUUGUGGUGAUGCACCUGC